CCUCACUUUGAUUAACCCAUUUUGGCAUACAUGAUCGAAAAAGAGACAGGAUAGAUCUAGAUACGAAUUAGAUGAAAUUAGAUGCCUCCAUCUCCAACUUUGGAAACCGACAUCAUCACCCCACGCCCGAAUGGUGUGGUCGCUCCAACCGCCUCUGUAUUACUACUCUCUUCACCCAUUUUUCAUAUCAAAGGGAAACUUCAUGUUGUUAAUGGAUCAAGAAAAUUGGGGAUUUGGAGAGGCUUGAUUUUGAGCACCUCGACGCAAGGGAGAACGUUAUGCCAGUAGAUGAAGUCGGAGCUCGAACUUGUGGAUUCUAAAUGAGCUUGUGUGCAAUGUAACAGUUCCCUUGAGCCUUGCCACUAUUGGCUUCUUCAUAAUGAUACUCUUUCAGGAUUGAUGUGGGUCAUGUAAGCUGAUAAUCGUUGUAAACACAC